AUGGCGGCGUCAUCCUAUCCUCUGUGUGUCUGCUGUGGGACGGCAAAAAACAGAGGUAAACGAUCUUCUAAGACACCACCCUCGCAGUUACGGUCAGGCCAAACCAAGAAGAGGAGUUCUGUGGUAGAUCAGCUGAUGAAGUCAGUUGAAAAGCUAAAGGUUUCAACAAAUGAUGAGGAGUCAACUUCAGCCAAGGAGGAGUCGAGUUCCACCAAGGCAUGUCGUAAACUGUUUGUAUCAACAGACCAUUCCUAUACUCCUAAGGAUUUACAGAAUGUGUCAGAGAAAGGUUCUGACAUACUGGAUGACAAACUUCAUGCGAAAAUUACCAAUCCAGUGAAUGGAAGUUCUUCAGGGAACCUUUCCUACAGAGUUGCUGCUUGUGUCGCACAAAAGAACAAUGGCCAUAAGUGCCUUGUCAGUGUACAAAAGAAAUGCAAGCUCAGAGGUGAGAGAAGGGACUUCAUACCAGUCAGGAUGUUCCCUAGUGGAUCACCUAUCCACUGA